CCGCCGCAGGCGGGCUCUGCUACCCCGCUCCCGCCCGGCCUGGGCGGGGCGGCUCAGCUGCCUCUUUCCUGUUUCCGCUCGGAACCCCGGAGACGUCCAGGGCCGCGGGACCUCGGCGCCGCCCUUGCGCCGCUCGGCAGGCCCGGAGCGUGCCUUGGGCCCAGAAGAACAGAAAAGAUGUUCGAUAUUAAGGCUUGGGCUGAGUACAUCGUGGAGUGGGCUGCAAAGGACCCCUAUGGCUUUCUUACCACGGUGAUCUUGGCCCUUACGCCGUUGUUCGUGAUCAGUGCAGCACUUUCAUGGAAGCUUGCAAAAAUGAUUGAGGCCAGGGAGCGAGAGCAAAAGAAGAAACAGAAACGCCAAGAGAACAUUGCAAAAGCCAAACGAACAAAGAAGGAUUAAAUGGGCAAAAAUGACCUGCCAUGCGCAAAGAAUCCACUUUUUAAAUGAAACACUUGUAUGUUUUGUGUUGUAACUGUCCUUUGAUACUUGAUCCUGUUAUUUCUUGAAGUAUGAAAUUUAAUACUUUGAGUGUAUUUUUUUUCUGAUGAUUUGUGUUCAAAUUUGCCCAAGUGACACUUAUUAAAUCUACUACUUGUGGUUUCUAGUGCAGGUUGCUUUUCUAAAUUUGCAUGUUAUGUUAAAAAAUUACACUGUUGCGUGACUCUGGAGGUAAUUUGUUUUUCCCCUUAGCUGAGCUAUGACUUAACAAGUGUCUUAAAGUUGUCAAAUUUAGGGGAAAAUGUGAAUAAUAAACUGGAUUACAGAAAUGCAUGUUUUGGCAUACCUUCAGCAGAGCCGUAGAGAUAAGCUAACUGUAGCUUAAUUAGAUAGCGGAGAUGACUGAUUUCCUUUAAGGACACUGUAUAUGGCUGCGUGUGCCUGUAAUGGCUGCUGCAGUGUCUUUGAUGGUGGGGCUUCCCUGCAAAAAUAACCUACCUUAGCUCUUCCUGUUUCCUGAACUACCAGCCAUGAACAGCCUUUAAAUUCAGCCCAAACUCUAGGAAACUGAUUGCUUGUUCUUGUUAGCUUCAUUUGUCUUAAGGCACUCAUCAUGUUCUACAAAAUUCAGUACUAUGUUGUUUGGUCUUUCCUAACAAUCAGCUGAGCUCUCCACCUGUAACUAAUUUGUUUCUGCCUUCAUAAAUUCUUCACGCCUCAAAGAAUAGCCAUAAACGGGGUGAGACCAAAGACCCAGCUGGCCUAGUGUUCUGUGUCCUAGUGACCUGUAGCACAUGGCUGUGGGAGGACAGUGCACAUGCUGGUGACAGUAGUUCUUCCUACUUUCUGACCUGGCUACCUUUGAUCUAGGAUCUUUGAGUUUAGGUGGAAUUCUUGUUCUCAUAGCCCUUGAAACUCUGCUGCCUUACAGGUUGCAAAAUGCUGGUAUACUGGAAGAAAAAAAAAAGGUUUGUGUAGGAAAUACGCCAAAAUUAUUUAACCUUAUUUCCAAUUUAUGUUUCUUAACAGAACAGAUUAAAUUUUCAAAGGCCUCUACGUGGUCUAGUUCAAAAGAGCUUGUGGCAGUCAUUAAGUUUUUCUAUUUUGCGUAUAUCUAAACAAGCAGCACAGAAUUGUGCAUUUCAGGAGAUAGUCUUUGAUUAUGUUUAAAAAUAAAACCUUAAAGUAGUACCAUUGUUCAAAUGAAUAGACCUAUAGACCUCGCUGACACCAAGGGGGAUCAGAAGUGGGGAGUCUAACUGAAAUUACUUAAAGUAAAUGUGAAGUUAAUCCCCUUUCAAUUUUGUUGGUGAAAGCAAGCAUUAUUAGAAUAUGACAUUUGGGCAUUUUAUAAAUAUGUGAGAUUAUGUCUCCAUGUUUUGUAUGAAGUGUUGUCAAAUAUAUAUGUGUUCCACCUUUGAUACCUACACGGCUUGAAACACAGGGAGGAGAACUGAUGAGGGAUAAACUCCAUAAAUAAAUUUGAUACUUUUUGAAAAAAAA